GGAAAUCACCCUUGCUCGAUUCCAGAAUUAAGUUAAUUUAGACGAUCGUUACCGUUCAUCAACUGUUGACAAUUUUCUAGAAUGUGACGGAUUGAUGACAAGAUGGAACAGAAAUCAGAAUACCUGUCCAUAAACCUGUGUGUGCCUUUUCCUUCCAAAGAAGAGGCUAACAUUGUCUUUGGAUCGUUGAGUGUAGACAAGGAGCCCAAAAGGGGAGGAGGAAAGAAAACCAUGGUUGUUAAGGACAACCAACUCCAUGUCCAUUUUGAAGCAAAGGAGGCUAGACUGUUACGUGUUAGCGUAAACUCCUUUUUUGAGUACUUGAAUUUAGUUGUGCAAACUAUGGAUCAGUUUGGACCUCCUUUACCAGAAACCACAUAGCAGAUUAGAUCAGGAGGACUGGACAAAAUGACUGGACAGGAGAUGAAUGGACAUUUGGAAUCUUCGUUCCAGUUGACUAUACAUCAUGGCAGCACUAGUACUCUACACACAAAAAGAAAUCUCAGUGUAAACGAUCCAUAUCAACCAUAAUAAGUCUGUUAUUUCAUCAUCAUGAGAAAAUUUGCGUGGAUAUUAAAAUUUUCUUUUCAAUCAUUUAACAACUAUCCAUUUCUUUUCUUGUGUAUUCAUCUGCAGGACAGAGAUAUUCAGGGUUGAUUUAAAAUUAUCAAAAUAUUUCAUUCUUACAUGUCAUUUUGAUUGAUCAAACUAUGAAGACAGGAGAACCCUGUGCAUAUCAGUUCCAUCUGGUAAAUGUGUGUCGUGAAUUGUGGAAUAAAUGCUGACCACCUGAACCAUUUCAACUGGAUUGCGCAAAAAACAGUCUAAUAUACAUUUUGGAGUUAGAUUAUCUCCCCUAGACCAUAUACUGUGUAAUCAUGCCACGCCCACACUAAUACAACCUACGUAAACAACGAUAUACUACAUGUAAAUUUUCCCUGGUGACUUUUCAUGUCUUUUGUAAGGUGUCAUACAGUUCACACAUCACUUCACCUUUUUGUCCUUGUUGAUACAUCAUAUUGUGAUGAUUUUUUAUUUCACUGAAACUUUUAUUCUUGAACAAAAAAGAUUGGCACUAUAAGACUUCUGUUAUAUACUACUACAGACCAGACUGGCAUGCAGAUCUGGAAAGCAUUCAACAAGUCCACUAUGUUUAAACCUUCUAUCUUUUCUUUUUCAUGCUGUGAUUUAAUUUACACAGGAAUAGAUAAACAUUUGUAUGUUCUGUAAAUGUGAAUUAUUUUUAAAAAGCAUGAAUAUAUUUAUUUCUAAGGAAAAAAAUAAUUAUGCUAUAUUAAGAUGGUUCUUAUAACAUCAAUAUCUGAAUCUUUAGUUUUCUUUUUUCCUGACAAGUAACUUUUUAGAGCAUGUUAUGUUUUUUUGUUACUGGAUUCAUCAGAUACAAAAUAAUGCCGUUAUGCUGUACAGUUAUGGUUGAUUCUUGGACUUUUGCAUGUCAUGUAAAUUCCUUUUAAAAGUGACACAAACAGAGUAUGCACAUGUACAAGACAUUCUUUUGAAAUCUCAUUCGAUAUUGAAAACUUUUUUUAUUCUUAAUUCAAGGAUUAUCCACAUCUGCAUCUGUUUUUUAAGAAAAAAAUUUGACCAAUUUCAAUUUCUCUCUGUCACUUUCUAGGUUUCAACAAUUUUGGCUCAUAGCAUCACUGACAAGUUGUGGAAGGGUGAUGCAGUUUGCGACUAUACUGUAUCUAAUUCAAAACUUAGCUAAAAAGGGUAGAGCCAACUUGAGUUUCAAUUGAGUUGGUUGAUAAGUGGGGCACUGCACAUUGGGUUUGGGUACUGAAAGGUAUGCAGGGCAAUGAAAUAUCAAAAUUAAUCCAAGUAAGUUUCAAUCACAAUACACACCAAGCUUCCAUCAGUGAGUUGGAUUAAUGGGCUGACUAGUUUCAUCUCUGAUGCGAGGCUUAAUUAGGCCCUGAUAAAGCCUUGCUUCAGAGUUGAAACUAGCCCUGAUGAAGCCUCACGUCCAAGGCGAAACGAGUCCAACAUCACUGGUGACACUUGGUGUUUGUUGAUGCAGAAACUUCGUUGGAUUAACUCUAAAUUUGUAUUUAAAGGUGCUAUUGAAUUGCGUGUCUUUGUACAAUAUUCUAACACUGCUUAUUGAUGUCAGUUUGAUCUGAACCAUAUGAUUUUAAAUUUUUUUCUAUGUACCGUUUUUAUUGCUCCAAAUUUUUACUCAUUUUGCUUCUUCUAUCGUAAUAUAUUCAGUUAUGUACAAGUGUGUUUUAAGACUGAUAUGACUUUAGGGAUGUUUCAACUGGUUUCUUGAAACAAUCAGGCCCUUCCUUGUCUUUUUUGAAGAGUUUAAUGUUUAAAAUGUUUGAAUAAAGAAUACAUUUUUGAUA